AUGCCAAAACUUAAAAGAAAAAUUAAAUUAUGUAAAGAACUUGCAGCUGCUAAGAAAACCAAAACAUCAAAUAAAAAUAAUUUAGUAAAUAUUGAAGCUUUCAAUAAUGAUAAUGAUGUAGAGAAUUUAGGUGUUGAGGAAUUAUCAAAUAAUGUGGUUGAAGGAGAUUCAAGUAAUGAAUGGUUUGAUAAUGAAAUUAAAAAAAUGCUGAGUCCAUUAAACCUUUGA